AUUGCCACUAGGGCUAUUCCUUUGUGUGCCUUUUUCAAGUCCUCUCUGGCUUACGGCGAGCCUAAGGCAGGCUUACCCAGAGCUGGGCUGAGAGAGUGGCACCUCUCCUGGCCCAGACUGGGUUUCCAUGGCCCCCGAGAAGAAGGGAUUCGAACCCAGGACUUCCAGAAUCAUCCUCCAACGCUCAAACCAACACACCAGGCUGGAUCUCAUUAUUGGUAGCUUUGCCAUCCGGAGGUUUUAAACCUGAGAAAGGGAGAGAGAGGACGCCUCCAGAUCUACGUCCCAGAGUCCAGUGAUGCAGGCAGUCAAGGACACUCUUCUCCCAGAGUGUCUGGGCUUCGGUAGGAACUCUGGCACUCCUUCAAGACUAAACGUGGCCAAUUAAUCCACGUGGGAAUGUGUCCGCAGAGGGGGAGCAGCCCAGUCCAAUCUGUUUAUAGCUCAGCUGCUGGCGGAGGAGAGCAGUGCUAAGAAGGAUGGAGCCACAAAAGAAUCUGCUGGACAUGUGCUCGGAGCCACUGAUGUGACAGCUUUGGACUCUAGGCGCCCUUAUUCUAGAGUGACCGGAGCUAGUUUUGAAUGUCAGAGGGAAUGCUUGCAUGGCUCUUCAGAUGAAAAGGCAAGGCUGGUUUUCCAGAAGACCAUGCCUCUGAUUGGAAAUUGGUAACUUGUUCCUAAUCAGGCUUGCUAUCAGCAUGCUUUUGUCAGGAAUAACAAAGCAACAGAAGCACCAGCGUCCACAGUCUCUUGGUGGACAGCAGCCGGAAAAGCAUGAUGAGAAUUUUAGGUCCAAGAGCUUGCCGGUUCUUAAUGGGUGUGUUCCACGUAUUAAUACCACGCAAAGUGCUCUCCUUGCCACCAAAAGGAGCUUUUUACAGAGUUUCCAGGGGGGCUCUGAACAGAGAUGUGGCCUUGACCCUGACACAUCAGCACAUCAGAGCAAUGUUGCUGCUGCCGCCGCCGCCACAACUUCUUCCAGGACAAUAUUGUCUUUUACAGCUUCUAGCUUCUCACGAAUUGGGAGUUUCACUGAAAGAACUGACUACAAUAACUCUGCUGGCAUGAGUAAAGGGAUUUCACCAGCUUCCACGCUGUUAACGAUCCCAGGUAGAAAAUUCUUCAGUGUAGUAUUGACAGACUCUCGGUUCUUUUUGGUGUGCAUGUGCUUUCUGACAUUCAUACAGUCCCUCAUGGUGUCUGGUUAUCUCAGCAGUGUUAUCACCACCAUAGAGCGGAGGUACAGUCUGAAAAGCUCAGAAUCUGGGCUGCUGGUCAGCUGUUUUGAUAUUGGCAGUCUGAUGGUAGUGGUAUUCAUCAGUUACUUUGGGGGGCGAGGGCGAAGGCCUCUAUGGCUUGCUGUUGGUGGUUUUUUUAUUGCUCUUGGGGCUGCCAUGUUCUCUUUGCCUCAUUUCAUCUCUCCACCAUAUCAGAUCCAGGAACUGAACUCUUCUGUGUCUAAUGAUGGUUUGUGCUUGACUAGCAAUAACACAGCCAAAGACCAUGUGGAAUCGCCUACUUGUGUCAAAGAUUCAGGUGGAAAUGACCAUUCACUCUAUGUAGCUUUGUUUAUUUGUGCACAAAUUCUCAUUGGCAUGGGCUCCACACCCAUUUAUACUCUGGGACCAACCUACUUGGAUGACAAUGUCAAGAAAGAAAACUCAUCACUCUACUUAGCUAUAAUGUAUGUAAUGGGAGCUCUUGGUCCUGCAGCAGGAUAUCUGUUAGGAGGAGUUCUUAUUGGAUUUUAUGUGGAUCCUAGAAGUACUGUUCAUAUUGACCAGAGUGAUCCUCGCUUCAUUGGUAACUGGUGGAGUGGAUUCCUUCUUUGUGCCACUGUAAUGCUCCUUGUUAUACUCCCUAUGUUUACUUUCCCCAAAAAGCUUCCACCUCGACAGAAAAAAAAGAAGAAAAAGAAUAUAGCUGAUGAUAUUUCAAGUGAUGACGAUAUAGUGAAAGAGAAAGCAAACAGCAAAUUGCAGAUAGACCAUGAAGUUCCUGCUUCAAUGGGAUUUGGAAGGAAUGUUAAAGAACUUCCAAGAGCAGCUGUCAGGAUCUUAAGCAACAUGACAUUCCUUUUUGUGAGUUUGUCAUACACAGCUGAGAGUGCCAUUGUUACUGCUUUUAUUACCUUCAUUCCCAAGUUCAUCGAGUCACAGUUUGGCAUCCCAGCUUCCAAUGCCAGCAUCUACACUGGUGUGAUUAUUGUUCCAAGUGCUGGUGUUGGUAUUGUCCUAGGGGGCUACAUUAUUAAAAAACUCAAACUCAGUGCAAGAGAAUCUGCAAAAUUAGCAAUGAUCUGCAGUGGUGUGUCUCUUCUGUGCUUUUCAACGCUCUUCAUAGUUGGAUGUGAAAGCAUUAAUCUAGGGGGGAUAAAUAUACCAUAUACUACAGGCCCUACUCUCACCAUGACACACAGGAAUCUCACUGGCAGCUGUAAUGUCAAUUGUGGUUGUAAAAUCCAUGAAUAUGAACCUGUGUGUGGGUCAGAUGGAAUCACAUAUUUCAAUCCUUGCCUUGCUGGUUGCAUCAGUAGUGGAAAUCAUAGCACAGGGAUAAGAAAUUAUACAGAGUGUGCCUGUGUCCAAAGUCGACAAGUUAUUACCCCGCCAACUGUUGGGCAGCGCAGCCAGCUAAGAGUGGUCAUAGUCAAAACUUACCUCAACGAAAAUGGUUAUGCAGUAUCUGGGAAGUGUAAUCGAACCUGCAAUACACUCAUCCCAUUCCUUGUAUUUCUCUUCAUAGUUACGCUUAUCACAGCGUGUGCCCAGCCAUCUGCAAUCAUAGUAACACUCAGGUCUGUGGAAGAUGGUGAGAGGCCUUUUGCACUUGGAAUGCAAUUUGUUUUAUUAAGAACUCUUGCAUACAUUCCUACUCCGAUUUAUUUUGGAGCGGUUAUUGACACCACCUGCAUGCUGUGGCAACAGGAGUGUGGCGUGCAAGGUUCAUGUUGGGAAUAUGAUGUGACAUCUUUUCGUUUUGUCUACUUUGGCCUAGCAGCUGGUCUCAAAUGCAUUGGAUUCCUAUUCAUUUUUCUUGCCUGGUAUUCCAUUAAGUAUAAAGAAGAGAAGAUGCAAAGGCAGAUGUGGAGGGAUUCACCUAUCAACACAGUGACUGAAGUGGUGGGUAACACUGGAAUGCAACAAAACUAUGCACGGACUAGAUCCUGUCCUACUUUUAGUUCUCAAGGCGAGCGUGCUGAAGAUAUGAAUCUGGCUGCAGGGAUGCAUUCCACAGCACAGACCUAUCCAGGUCCUCUUACAGAAGCAAUAAAUGCUGCAUUUGAGAAAGUUUCUGAAGAUGCCACUCCUAAGAUUUAGGGUCAGAUCUUGUUGGUCGGUUUUAAGUAUGGGGCCUUUUGCAACACCUGUGCCUUCUCUUUCAUAAAGUGAUCUGGAACAGAUAAUAAACCAACAGAGCUUAAUGUACAGAGCCAUGGCAUAUCUGAGGGCUGGAUACCUCAAAAUUACCCAGGUCAAUUUUUUUUACCGUCAGGAAAUGGAAUUUUAAAAUAUGUUUAUAAGUACUUAAGCUGCAUCUGAUCCUCACAUUCAGGCAAAUAUUGAAAUUAUUAGUGAUCCUAAGGCAGAUAGAACUGCAUUAUCAUUAGGGAUUAAGCAAUGCAUUCACAACUCUUGCAUUGGGAAAUAAAUAAACAAUUACUUUGCAUUCUUUUUCAAAGCACAACUAUAACUCUUCACAGCUAUGCAACGGGUUGGAUAACUUUUUUUUGCUCUGGGCAUUUUUCUUCAAAAGUUUGUUGUUGAAUUGCAAAAAGGCCAUCUGAAAUAAUGCAAUGUAGUCACAUAAUACAUUUUCUUGUGUUUUAAAGUAAAGUUACUUGAAGUCACAGAGCAGACUUUACUAGGUCAAGCCUAAAUUUCUAAGUCAUAAUAAAAUAUUUUCAAUUGUUACUUGUUAACCCGUUAAAGUAAUUUGAUUUUAGCAUGAUGUGAUGUAUUCUGUUUAGGAAAUUGCAAAACUAUAAGCACCGGUUAUCAAUAGUUUUUAAAGCAUAACAAACCUGUAAAUAAAGACCAGUUUAGUAUCUGAACUUUCUGGAAAUAGGAGCUAAUCUGCCACAGGUACUCUGCUUCAGUCACCAAGUUCAUAUUCAAGCUUUUCUUAGACUCAAAUGACACAAACAAAAACCUACCUUAUGGCAAUCUGAGUUGAAUUGCAUGACAUGGUAAAGCUGGCUGUAUGGUACAGUCGUUAUAUUGCCACAUGGCCAGACUGUUGUUUACAUACCUCAAUCGUGUCAUAAGUGUCAGUCAGACCACUUGAUGGUGCAGUUAAAUGACUUCUUUGUUGUGUGGUCUGCUGUCAUGCACAAUGGAUUUUUGUCAAUUUCUUAUGGAUGAAUUUUUAGACCAGUGAAAUUACCCUUAGAGCUUCUGUCCAUGUUAGAGACUCAAGAUGUCCAUCAAAUAUUUAGAGCAGAGUACAUUUUUUCAGCUCAAUUAGCAGCCAAGAAUCAUGUGCAGGCCAACCAGAGCUGAUGUUCCUGGCAGUACUAGAGGAAAUGUUUGUAUGAAGGCCAAGGUAUGGAGAAACUAAGAGGCUGAAACUACACAUAUUGUACUUGUUUCAUACUUUUUUAUGACUGGUAAUUGUUUUUGGAUGCAAAACAGGAAAUUAUAGGCAAGAGUGGAUUAUUUCAGAGGGAAGGAAUACUUAAUGGUUACCCAUCCUAUCGAUUUUAUACUCACAAAUGACACCUUUCAACUUGUUUUAUACUUUUUAAUAUCUGUUACUCCAGAUUUGGAGGUGGGCAAAGGUCUGAAUUGACAAAUAGCAGAUAGAUUUAUGCAGGUUUCCCUGCUCUUUCCAGUUUUGAUCCCAGUUUCUGAUGCAGCUUCAUAUAAAAAAAUGUUAAGGGAGAAAAUUGUACAGUUGAGUGCUGUAUUUAUUUAUUUAUUUUAAAGCAAAAGUUCCAGGUCAGCUUUCUGUUGUUGUUUUUUCUGUACAAAGGGAUCACAUUUCUUUUGUUGAACAUUCAUUUUAAGUCCUGUUGUGGAGAUAAAGAAGUUCUAAUACAGCUUAAAGAGUAUGAUUCAGAAACCUCUGAAUCAGAGAGCAACAAGAAGGAAGACUUAGGCAUAGUGAUACAGGCAGUUGUCUUUUGGGAGUGCUGCUUCUUGCAUCAGGUUCUUUUGCUCUCCCAAGGAACUUCCAUUAUGAUAGUCUUCACUUCUUACAAUUACACGUCUGUACAAUUAGCUUUUGCACCCAAUGGUGUUUUGCAGAAGUAAUCCCCUGUAUCCCUAAGCAGGGAAAUCUUGAAACUCAGGGCAAGUUCAGCUAUGACUUUUGCUACCGUCUGAAAAGUUGUCACAAAGCCUUUGUGCACUGUCAAAUUGCUGUUUGGGUUAUAACAGAGAGGAAAUACAGGGAAGAAAAAUGUGUCCAGUUAUUACCUUUAUAAGAGCAAAAAAACUAUGAUGGGAAAUUUAUAAAAGAAUGGGAAGCACAUUAGGCAUUGGGUCUACAGUCAUAGCUCAAGGCUGCUAGGGCUCAGUGAAUAAGUAGGGUUUGCAUUAGUACAGAUGUAUUACAAAAUAGUGGUUCAUGCUGGGAAGGGAGUGGUAAAUGGGAGAACAUUUCUGAAGAGGAAACAGAAGAAGGGAGAAGUGUGUUACUGUUCAUAAGGCUUGCAUCUGGUGUUUCAAAUCACAUUUUGCAGGGAGCAAAAUAUACAUUUUCUAUGUAACUAGAAAUAAAAUAAAUAUGGGUUGCAAGUGCAAUAGUUCUGUUUUGAGGAAAAGUGAACCGAGGUACUGAAAAUGCAAAUGGUUAGAUUUCCAGUCAUCAAAUGGGAAACUGCCAGUCUGCAUCUUCUCUAAAUGCUGCUCAUGUUCAUGCAGAUGUUUGCUCAAGCAACAUUCACUGUGAGUGUGAUUUCUUAAAGCUGCAGGAGGAGAUCUGGCCAUGCUGCUUAAUUGUUUCCCUAGUAUUGACAAUUCAUUUAUUGGGCUGUUUGAUGUCAUUCCCUUGGGAUGGGAAAGAACUACAGGAGAGGUUCCUUUGGGGCAACAGUUUAAUAUUCAACAUGUAAUUGAAGGUCUUUGCCCCUUCCUUCCUUUCCCUCUAUUAGUUUUCAAGUUUAAAUUUAAUACUUUUAUAUGAUAUUCAUAAUAUACAGUAUGUGGAACUAGACAGCCAUAAAUAUUAAUGUAAAAAGAUGUUUAUACUUGUAGCAUUAAGGGUAUUUAUUCAAACUUAAUACUGCCUCAAAAUAUUCAUUAUUCUUCUAUGUAUAGUUAUUUCCAUAUUGGUUUCACUCUUGCAAUUUGAAAGUGUAUCCAAAAUUGCCUCUAGUGGAAUGCCUUAGUCUGCCUGUAUACAGUUCCAGUUAUUGUGUCAUUUACAUUUUUAUAAGUGUAUCUUACCACUCUUGUAUCCUACAAUACCUUGAUACAAAGUGGAGGGUGGAGAAGCCUAGAUUUGUUCUAGAAUACCUGUGACCUUUCUUUCUUUUUUUUAAAUACGGCCAACAGUAAAAAUCAUUCCUCCAGAAAAAAAAUGAUUGCAUCAACUGGAUCACCUUUGGACAAACUGGUGCUAAAGCAACAUAGUAAUCUUUCUAGCAUGAGAAAUAUUUCAGAUAGGUUUAUAUACAGUAACUGCAUGAGCUUACCUUUUGACAUCUUCUCAAUUGUCUUAUGAAAUAGGUGCACAUAAUUAUUGGCAGAUUGGGCACCUGUUCCUGCUCUGCAAAUUGAUCAGUUGCUUGUAGUACAGAUCUAAAACAGUAUUUUUAUAUACCUUAAAUAGAAUGAUCAAGUGUCACACUGGGAAUUUGUAAGGCUGUAAACAUAAUUUGCUGAAAAGGCUUAUUCAUGUUUUAAAGAAGCUGUGAUAAAGUGUUGGUAAGCAGCUAUAAUAGCCAAUACCAAGUAGUCAAGAUUUUUGGGGUAUUUUUUGAGCAGAUACAAAACACACACAUUAAUGUUCCUUCUGUAUAAUGGGACAGUUGUUACCUGGGUUAAUACUGACAGUGCAGAGAAUCUGUCAGUACAAACAGCUUUCUAACUACCUAUCACCUGUAAAAAGUAAUAUACUAUUACUCCUGCAAAAUAGAAUGGAUAGUAAAACAAAAAGUUGGUACUGUAAUGGAUGUUUGAUAUUUACUGGAAAGAUGUGAUACUUUUGUGAGAAAACAAACAUUGCAGGGAUCACUUAAAUAUUUUAUGAAAUAUGCAGUUCUGAAUUACUGUUACUUACCUUUUUUCUACUAGUACCAUACUUCCCCACAUCCACAGGGGACCUUGGUCAUUGACUUGAAGUGAAACAGCAGUAUAUUGUGUAUUUUCAAAUGAGAUGCCUGAAAGGAGAAAAAAAGUAUUAAUCAAGGGACAAACUAGUUAAAAGUGUUGAUGUUUAAAUAAAUGUUUUUGAGAGUGUUGGAUGGGAAAGUGUUUAUCAAUUUUACCCGUGGAAACAAAAAUACAGAUUUGUGCAAAAUACAAUAGGUUACUUUUUAGCAAAGAUUUUUACUAAUCCUUAUGUCUUAGUGGAACAAAGAACUGUUUUCAAAAGAGAUGUGCAAGUUUGUGUGAACACAAUGUAUGGACAGGACUUGGGGCAAACAUCUGUUUGCAAGAAAACCCUUCAAUACUUGACAUUUUGAAAUAAAAAUGGUGUUUCAUCAAC